GCAUUUAUCCCGGGUCCUUGCCCGGCGCUCCCUUUGCCAACGCCACAGUCUCGGGGUUCGCCGCGGAUCGCCCCAGUGAGUGUCCCCACGAAAACGCUCAGUCCGGUGAGACUUCCGGUGGUGCUUCCGACGGAUUCAGAGCGUGCCCUCCAUCCUCGGGGAGACCCAUCACAGCACACGCAAGCCAUACCUUGGGAACCCCGUCAUGGUCCGCCAUGCAUCCCCAAGACCCCGGUCUGCAAAGCCCCGAGAAGAAGCUUGGGUGUCAAUCCUAUUGAGCUGGCAGAACUAAGGCGUGCAGCUGGGGAGGAAAUCUUGACCCCUGGAAAUGACCCCUGUCCCCUGCCUUAGUUACCUCCAUGGCUCAGCGUGAUGCAGGGAUGGGGGGUGGGGAGGAAGACUCUGGGGCUUUAAGACUCUGGCCCUUACCCUAGAUCAACAGGUGACUGCAGAUGACAGCUGUUGACCGAGGCUCCUCUCUACUGGACCUGAGCUAACACAUCUACCACCCACCUUAUCUCCUUUCAUCCUUACAGCAAACCUUUGAGCUAGGUACUGUUAUAUCACCGUGUUACAGGCGGGGGAACCUGAGGCCCAGAGAGGUGCAGUGACUUGCCCCCUGUCACUCUCCAGUAAGGGACACGUAUGGGGUUUGAACCCAACAGUCUGCUCUCUGAGUUCCCUGUUCACCACAAUAGGAAUACACUGAGUGGUGGGAUUUUGAGGGAUGUUGACUUUUCUCUUUGGGCUUGUUGGCAUUUCCUUCCUUCCUCCCUCCCUCCCUCCCUCCCUCCCUCCCUUCCUCUCUCUGUCUCUUUCUUUCUUCUUCAUAUAUAAAUAUAUAUAUAUAUAUAUUUUGGUCGCACCGUGUGGCUUGCGGGAUCUUAGUUCCCCAACCAGGGAUCAAGCCCAUGCCCCCUGCAGUGGAAGCACUGAGACCUAACCACUGGACCGCCAGGGAAUUCCCUUGUUGGCAUUUUCUUGAUAACUCUGCUUUCCUUUCCCCAUGUGUAGACACAGGUUCACGCUCACACACUCACAUCCACAGUCACACACACACUCAAACACAGCCUUACAUGCUCACACAUGCUAACACACAUUCACACACAAUCACACAUGCGCUCACACCCUCACACAUACCAUCAACACACACCCUCGCUUGAACACACACAACAUUCCACAUACAGUCACAGUCGCACACUCCUAUUCAUACACCCAAUAUCUCACACACGUGCACACCCUCACAAAAGUACUCACCCACACUCACAUCCCACACACAGUCACACAUACACACACACACACACACAGGCAACAGCCCCUGUUCCUGUCUUCUUCAGGGCUCCACGGCCCACCCCUUGCUCCUGCUGAAGCCCCAGGACCCCAGAAGGAAGAUGGGAAACCUCCAGGCCCUGUGAUGCAGUGCCAGGCCAUCCUCCCAGCUGUCUCAAUCAGCACAUUCGGGGCACCAAGGCUCGAGCCAGCAAAGUCUCCCCUCCAGCACCUUGAGGGGCCGGAAGAGGGCCCCUGCUCUCUGGACAGAGCCUGCACAACAGCCUGAUUGGUUUUCACACUGGCUGGGCAGGGGCAGCGAGACCCUCCUGUCUGGGAGUGUGGAAGGAGUGCGUGUGAGUGUGUGGAAGUGUGUUUUGAGUGACAGACAAGAUCCCUGCCUUCUGAAGCUUUCAGUCGAGUGGGGGAGACAGGAACAAGCAAGGAGACCAGUAUGAGAUCAGGUUAUCCUCGUUCAGUUGUAAGGGCUGGGAAGGCACUAGGCUGAUGAGAUGGUGAGUGCCCGGAGGCGGCUGCUUCGGACGCGGUGGCCAGGGAAGGCCUCCUGAAGAGUGACAUUUCAGCUGAGCUCUAACUGUUGCAGCAAGAUCUGCAGGAAAGUGUUCUAGACAGGGAGACUGAAGGGGCAAAGGCCCUGCAGUGGGCUGAGCUUGGCAUGCUUGGAGAACAGCAAAAAGCAUACAAGAGGGCAAGUCAUAGGGAAGGAGGCCAGGUGGUAUUGAGACCAAAUCAUUGGGCUAAGUAGGCCACUGGGAACAUUUUGGAUUUUACUCUGUUUGCAAAGGGAAGCUGUUUAGUCCUCACAACAAACCCUAUGCGGUAGGAACUAUCGCCAUUUUACAGAUGUGGAAAACAAGGUUCAGAUGGCUUGAAUGACCCACCAAGGUCACACAGCUCAUACACGGUGGAGUCUGGAAUGGAACCCAAGUCUGACUCUGCUGGGUUGUUCCUAAAGGCGCAGCCAGGUCUCUCAGUGCCCCCUCCCCUCCUCAGGUGUGAAAUCCAGGUCACUGGGCCGCGGAGAUCCUGGGGCCUAGCCCAAGCCUCCUGAAGCUACCAGCCUUCCCCAGGGAGGAGAACGACGGUUGAGGACCUGCUUCCCCCCUCAAGGACCCAGCUCCCCAGCCCAGAGCUGUGUGGCCUGAGAAGCAAUGAAAGAGAGUUCCUGCUUCUCCACAUCUUCGUCAGCAUUUGGUGUUGUCAGUGUUUUGGAUUUUGGCCAUUCUAUUAGGUGCCGCCACCUCUUGGAAAAUGGUGAGCGUGCCUUUUGGCGUGGAUCCUGGGAUGGCUGUUCUCCCCCCAGGAUCGGACUGGCGCCUCUUCUGAGGGCUCCCCACACCCUACAGCGUUGCCUGCCCACAGAUCCUGAGAGGCUGGCUAUGUCAGAAACCUGGGAGCAGGCCUGGACCUGCCGACCUUGGCAAACCCCUUCCCCUCAGUCCCCCCAGCUGGCCAAUGGGCUGACCCUUCUCUGCAUCCACCCCGGCAGUUAGGCCUGAGGCUUCCCAAGGGCCUCUCCCUUAUUUCUAGUUCUUUGUUAAAACAGGGUGCCCCCUCCCCAGACAUGACGUUAAUUCAGACAGCUUUAAGCUGGUCUGACAGGACUCCCCCCGCCCUGGAGUUAGGCUGCCCUCAAUUCCCCUGCUUCAGGUGGGCAGGUGACAGGUGACAAGACGAGGACGGCAGGAAGGCCACAGUGACUCCCCAGUUUGCCUCACCUAGAGUGGUCUGGCCUCGCCCCACAGACAAUGGCCUUGCCCCCAUGAGCUAGAGCCUGCCCCUCGGUGCCUGCCCACCACCCGCCAGCAGGAUGCAGCUGUGGAAGGCAGUGGUAGUGACCCUGGCCUUCAUGAGCUUGGACGUCGGCAUGACCACGGCCAUCUACGUCCUCAGCCACCUGGACCGCAGCCUCCUGGAGGACAUCCGGCACUUCAACAUCUUUGACUCGGUGCUGGACCUCUGGGCGGCCUGCCUGUACCGCAGCUGCCUGCUGCUGGGGGCCACCAUCGGCGUGGCCAAGAACAGCACCCUGGGGCCCCGGCGGCUGCGGGCCUCCUGGACGGUCAUCGCCCUUGUGUGCCUCUUCGCGGGCAUCUACACCAUGGUGAAGCUGCUGCUCUUCUCCGAGGUACGCAAGCCGGUCCGGGACCCGUGGUUCUGGGCCCUCUUUGUGUGGACCUACAUCUCACUUGCUGCGUCCUUCCUGCUCUGGUGGCUGCUGUCCACAGUGCAGCCGGACGCCAAGGCCCUCGAGCGGGGGGCAGGGGCCGAGGCCGAGGGCCCCCCUGGGGAGGACCGGCCCGCGCCCGAGCAGGCCUCCGGGGCCACGCUGCAGAAGCUGCUGUCCUACACCAAGCCCGACAUCGCCUUCCUCGUGGCCGCCUCCUUCUUCCUCAUCAUGGCAGCACUGGGAGAGACCUUCCUCCCUUACUACACGGGCCGGGCCAUUGAUGGCAUCGUCAUUCAGAAGAGCAUGGAGCAGUUCAGCACGGCCGUCACCGUCAUGUGUGCGCUGGCCAUCGGCAGCUCAUUUGCCGCAGGUGUUCGGGGCGGCAUUUUUACCCUCAUAUUUGCCAGACUGAACAUUCGCCUUCGGAACCGUCUCUUCCGCUCGCUGGUAUCUCAGGAGACGAGCUUCUUUGACGAGAAUCGCACAGGGGACCUCAUCUCCCGCCUCACCUCGGACACCACCAUGGUCAGCGACCUGGUCUCCCAGAAUAUCAACAUCUUCCUGCGGAACACCGUCAAGGUCACGGGCGUGGUGGUCUUCAUGUUCAGCCUCUCCUGGCAGCUCUCCUUGGUCACCUUCAUGGGCUUCCCCAUCAUCAUGAUGGUGUCUGACAUCUACGGCAAGUACUACAAGAGGCUCUCCAAAGAGGUCCAGAAUGCCCUGGCCAGAGCCAGCAGCACGGCUGAGGAGACCAUCAGCGCCAUGAAGACAGUCCGGAGCUUUGCCAAUGAGGAGGAAGAGGCGGAGGUGUACUCACGGAAGCUGCAGCAGGUCUACAAGCUGAACAGGAAGGAGGCUGCGGCCUACAUGUACUACGUCUGGGGCAGCGGGCUCACUCUGCUGGUGGUCCAGGUCAGUAUCCUCUACUACGGGGGCCACCUCGUCAUCUCAGGGCAGAUGACCAGCGGCAAUCUCAUCUCCUUCAUUAUCUACGAGUUUGUCCUGGGAGAUUGUAUGGAGUCCGUGGGCUCCGUCUACAGCGGCCUGAUGCAAGGAGUGGGCGCCGCGGAGAAGGUGUUUGAGUUCAUUGACCGGCAGCCAACCAUGGUGCAUGAUGGGAACUUGGCCCCUGACCACCUGGAGGGCCGGGUGGACUUCGAGAACGUGACCUUCACCUACCGCACUCGGCCCCACACCCAAGUCUUGCAGAAUGUCUCCUUCAGCCUGUCCCCAGGAAAGGUGACAGCGCUCGUGGGGCCGUCGGGCAGUGGCAAGAGCUCCUGCGUCAACAUCCUGGAGAACUUCUACCCCCUGGAAGGGGGUCGCGUGCUGCUGGAUGGGAAGCCCAUCAGCGCCUAUGACCACAAGUACUUGCACCGAGUGAUCUCCCUGGUGAGCCAGGAGCCAGUGCUGUUCGCGCGCUCCAUCACAGACAACAUCUCCUACGGCCUGCCCGCCGUGCCCUUCGAGGUGGUGGUGGAGGCCGCACAGAAGGCAAAUGCCCAUGGCUUCAUCAUGGAACUCCAGGAUGGCUACAAUACAGAGACGGGGGAGAAGGGUGCCCAGCUGUCGGGCGGCCAGAAGCAGCGGGUGGCCAUGGCCCGGGCUCUGGUGCGGAACCCACCCGUGCUCAUCCUGGACGAAGCCACCAGCGCCCUGGAUGCAGAGAGCGAGUUCCUGAUCCAGCAGGCCAUCCACGGCAACCUGCAGAAGCACACGGUGCUCAUCAUCGCACACCGGCUGAGCACGGUGGAGCGGGCGCACCUCAUCGUGGUGCUGGACAAGGGCCGCGUGGUGCAGCAGGGCACACACCAGCAGCUGCUGGCCCAGGGCGGCCUCUACGCCAGGCUGGUGCAGCGGCAGAUGCUGGGGCUCGAGCCCGCCUCGGACUGCACAGCCGGCCACAGGGAGCCGCUGGGCAACGGCGGUCACAAGGCCUGACCGUGGGCCCUGCCUCUCCUGGUGGGGCAGAGGCUCCAGUGCCCACCUGGCAGAUGUGCCCACGGGGGCCCCCCGGCCGCCCCCGCUGCCCUCCGAGCCCAGGUCCACGGCACUGGAGGGCCAGCUGCCCUGUCCCACGUGUCCCCGCUUCCUGCGUCUCACCCCCAGUUCCCACCCUGUUCCCCGGGCCACCACCAGCCCCCUGCUGCCAUGAACGACCCCCUCCAGUCUGGGCAGUGGAGACACCACUGGUCUCUCCAGCUGGCCUCCCAAGGUUUCUAAGUGAAGGUAGAGCUACCUUUUUAAACCAAGAUCUUAACCAGGUUUUUUACUGCUUGGUUCUGAUGGGCCCAAUCUCCUAGAUUUCAAAAACAUUUUUCUAAUUGGGAGCAAUGAUGGGCAAGUUCUAGAGACUUCUGAGCCGGGAGUGAAUGACCCUUCCUAGGAGCCUGGGGGAUGUCAGGGAGAACUAGGCCUCCACCCUCUGCCCCUGGAGAGAAGGGGCUUCCCUGUCCCGGGGUGCGGGGGAGGGAACACGGGGAGGGGACUUCCUGUCUCUCCCUCUUCCCAGCUCUGUGAGUCAGGCCAAGGGUGGGUGGGGAGUGGAAGGCACCUGCCUGCCCUCACCCCUUCCGCCCUCCCAAAUCUAAGCCAGUCUCACUGUGAACCACUACGGACCUUAAGUGGGAGAGUGAGGGGCUGGCCAGGCCUGGCGGAGCCUCAGGGUGUCCCUGGCCCAGCGCCCAGCGCUAGCCCCUCCCCCUGCCCCUCCCAUGGCUGGCGGCCCCUUCCCCCAACCACCCUGCCGCUCUGCUCUUCUGAGGCCCUUUGGACGUUUGGGAGUCGCGUUCUCUUCCCUGUCCAGUGGACGGGACACUGGCAAAGCCCAGGUCUGGCUUUGUAGCGGGGUUGCAAGAUGUUGGGAGAACCCGGUUAAUAAAGUAUACUACCUCUGA